UAGCGCCAUCUCCUCUCGGCGCCGCCUCCUGCUCCUCCCGCUGCCGCUGCCGUCCUGAGUCACUGCCUGCGCAGCUCCGGCCGCCUGGCUCCCCGUACUAGCUGCCGAUACUUGGAGUUCUUACAACAUGGCAGACAUUGACAACUUGCCUAGGGUAGUUAAAAGACGAGUGAAUGCCCUCAAAAACCUUCAAGUUAAAUGUGCACAGAUAGAAGCCAAAUUCUAUGAGGAAGUUCAUGAUCUUGAAAGAAAGUACGCUGUUCUCUAUCAGCCUCUAUUUGAUAAGCGAUUUGAGAUCAUCAAUGCAAUUUAUGAACCUACAGAAGAAGAAUGUGAAUGGAAACCAGAUGAGGAAGAUGAAAUUUCGGAGGAGCUGAAAGAAAAGGCCAAGAUAGAAGAAGAGAAAAAGGAUGAAGAAAAAGAAGACCCCAAAGGAAUUCCUGAAUUUUGGUUGACUGUUUUUAAGAAUGUUGACUUGCUCAGUGAUAUGGUUCAGGAACAUGAUGAACCUAUUCUGAAGCACUUGAAGGAUAUUAAAGUGAAGUUCUCCGAUGCUGGUCAGCCUAUGAGUUUUGUCUUAGAAUUUCACUUUGAACCCAAUGAGUAUUUCACAAAUGAAGUGUUGACAAAGACAUAUAGGAUGAGGUCAGAACCAGAUGAUUCUGAUCCCUUUUCUUUUGAUGGACCAGAAAUUAUGGGUUGUACAGGGUGUCAGAUAGAUUGGAAAAAAGGAAAGAAUGUCACUUUGAAAACCAUUAAAAAGAAGCAGAAACACAAGGGACGUGGGACAGUUCGUACUGUGACUAAAACUGUCUCCAAUGACUCUUUCUUUAAUUUUUUUGCUCCUCCUGAAGUUCCUGAGAGUGGAGAUCUGGAUGAUGAUGCUGAAGCUAUCCUUGCUGCAGACUUUGAGAUUGGCCACUUUUUACGUGAGCGUAUAAUCCCAAGAUCAGUGUUAUACUUUACUGGAGAAGCUAUUGAAGAUGAUGAUGAUGAUUAUGAUGAAGAAGGUGAAGAAGCAGAUGAGGAAGGGGAAGAAGAAGGAGACGAGGAAAAUGAUGCAGACUAUGACCCCAAGAAGGAACAAAAUCCAGCAGAGUGCAAGCAGCAGUGAAGCAGGAUGUGUGUGGCCUUGAGGAUAACCUGCACUGGUCUACCUUCUGCUUCCCUGGAAAGGAUGAAUUUACAUCAUUUGACAAGCCUAUUUCAAGUUUUUCGUUGUUUGUUUGCUUGCUUGUUUUUG